AUGAGGAUAUGGUGCGGAUCCUGUUGGGUCAUGGAGCGACUGUCAACGCUCAGGACAAUGAGCUCUGGACGCCACUUCAUGCUGCAGCAACAUGUGGACACACAGGCCUCGUCAAGAUCCUCAUCCAGCAGUGAGUCUGCGUGUAUAGCUGAUGACAGCAAAGGGCACGAACUGAGUCUUUUCUGUGUACCGAAACACUACGAGGAGCAUUUGGACAGUGUCAUUAUACCCAAUGGCCUCAUUAAGGACAGGACUGAAAGGUUGGCCAGAGAUAUCGUUCGGGACAUGGGCGGGCAUCAUAUCGUGGCCCUUUGCGUUCUGAAAGGAGGGUACAAGUUCUUUGCCGACCUGAUGGAUUACAUCAAGACGCUGAAUCGAAACAGCGAUAAGUCUGUGCCACUGACUGUGGAUUUCAUCAGGCUAAAGAGCUACUCGAAUGACCAGUCUACAAACUGUGUAAAGGUUAUUGGUGGAGAUGAAUUAUCUGCCCUUACUGGCAAAAAUGUGCUCAUAGUUGAGGACAUUGUAGAAACAGGCAGAACUAUGGAAACACUGCUCAAACUAUUAAAUGAAUGUCAUCCUAAAAUGGUGAAGGUUGUCAGUUUACUUGUGAAAAGGACACCCAGGAGCUCAGGAUAUCGUCCAGACUAUAUUGGAUUUGAAGUCCCUGAUAAGUUCCUGGUGGGAUAUGCUUUAGACUACAAUGAAUAUUUCAGGGAUUUGAGUCAUAUCUGUAUAUUAAGUGACAGUGCGAAAGAGAAAUAUAAAGUAUGAUAUGACACCCAAGUGCUGGAUGCAUGAAGACAAAGAUCACUGUGAACUUUUUUUUGCUUGUUUUGUUAUUGUGAAAUAAUUUUUCUACAUGCCAUCUGAAAUGAUUAAUGAAC